AUGCCUAACAUCACGGAUGUAGAUAUCUUGCAGUACGCUCUAACGCUUGAGCAUCUUGAGGACAAGUUCUACCGCGAAGGCCUCGCCAACUUCACCUUGGAACACUUCAAGAAAGCCGGCUACGACGACACUUUCUACAACAACCUGAAGGAGGUCUCCUACGACGAGACGACGCACGUUUCUUUCCUCACCCAGGCACUCAUAGCCGCCAACGCAACCCCCGUCCAAGAAUGCACCUACGCCUUCAGCGUCCCCUCAGUCCCCGCCUUCCUCGCCACCGCCUCCAUCCUCGAGGGCGUCGGCGUAUCCGCCUACCUCGGCGCCGCCGCCUCCAUAAUGCAGAAAGCGUACCUCACGGCCGCAGGCUCCAUCCUGACCGUCGAAUCGCGCCACUCGGCCUACCUGCGCGCCGCCGGGACCCGCCAGGCCCCCUUCCCGCAGGCCUUCGACGCCCCGCUCACGCUCGACCAGGUCUACACGCUGGCCGCGCCGUUCAUCGUCGCGUGCCCCGCUGCCAACGGCAUGCUGCCCGUCAAGGCGUUUCCGGUGCUGAGUCUUGCUCCGGAGUGCGGCGGCGUGCGGUCGAAUGGGACGAUUGCGCUUGUGGCGAGGGAGGCUGUUGUGGGCGCCGGGCCGUGGUUUGCGGCGUGGAUUGGUGUCGAGGGGCCGACGUUUGUGCCGGCGACGCUGGAGGGGGAGGGCAGGUUCGUGACUGUGGUGCCGCCGGGGUUCCAUGGGCAGAGCUAUGUGGUUGUCUCGAAGCAGGAGGGGUGUGUGACGGAUGAUUGCGUUGUUGCUGGGCCGGCGGUUGUGGAGGUUGUGGGGGCGAAUGGUAUGGCGGUGUAG